AUGUAUCGUGGAAUGCGAACGGUAUCAGAGCCAUCGUUCGAGAAGUUUGCAAUCAUACAGCGCACGUAUAAGGAAAAGGACAAGAAAAGGAACAAGUACAAGAUUCUCGCCAUGAUCCACGAUAGGUGCGUAGAAGCCCAACGGCGAUCUCAUUCCACCCCAUCCCAUGAUCCUUACAAGCGAGAAAUCCACCAGAAAAGCAAAGAGGAGGGACGGGAAGAGAUGAUGAAUUUGUGGAGUUUGAGGUGGAUUACUGUUGCAGGAUACUGUAUGUAUGUGCAGUAA